AUGGCGCGCGUGCGCGCGGCGCAAACCUCGCUUCGCGCGCAGCUCGAAGCGAGGCUACAUGAGUUGAAUGAAAAGUCAGUCGACGCCGACCGCGCGCUGCGCGCGGCAAAGCGCGAGCGCGAGGACGUCGGCGUGGAGUUGUACGCGCUGCAAGGCGAGCUCGCGAGGUCGCGCGCGGAGUGGGUGUCGACGGACGAGACGCGACGACGCUGUCGGGAAGCGCGGGAAACGGCCGAGCGUGAUACUGAAGCGUUUGAGCGCGACGCUGAGGGUGCGGCGCGCGCGCUCGAGGAAGCGCGUGGACGCGCGAUGAAACGUCGAGUGGAGUUGGAAGAUUUGGCGCUCGCCACGCGUGAGGACGGCGCCGUGGCGAGAGAUCGCGAAGGCGUCACGGCCGUGAUUCAACGCAUUGCGAGCGUCACUUCGGAUAUGGUUGACACGGCCGAGCGUGAGCGGUUAAAUCGUGAGAUUCGUAUCAAAUACGUGAAGGAGUGCGUGGAGCGCGCCAGAGCGGCGGCGCUCGAAAACGUCAAAGCCGCCGAAGACGCUGAGCGAGACGCGGCGGCGAUUCAGGCGCAAAUCGAAACGUGCGACUAUGCAAUUUCGAGCAUCAACACGAGUAUGGACGCGUCGUGCAAGAGGUGGAAGUUUGUGCUUCAGCAAGUCGGUAAAGAGGACGAGAUGCUAGAGCGGAGUAGAACAGAAGUACGCGAACUGGAGGAAUCGUGUCGCCUUCUCGACGCUGAACGCGACGGCGUGAAAGAAGGCCUCGUUGACGCGUACGCGACGCAAAGCACGCACGUUGAAGUGCUGAGCAGACUAGACAAAGAUAUUGAAGUCGCGGAUGCGCUCAUCGUUUCCUUAAGGGCGGCUAUCGACGACAAGAAGUCUCAAAGUGAUGCCGUACAACUGGGCGCAAGAAACCACGACGAGAUCGCGCGCGGCGAGGAGCGCCGCGCGAACGAAAUCGACGUCGAGAUCGAACGUGUCGAUCAAUCUUACGUGGUGCACACGCACGCGCUUUUCGAGCUCCAAGAGCGCGCGUUAUUGCACGUCGCAGAAAAGAUGACGACGAACAAACUCGCACAAAAACUAAUGCAAUCCACGCGAGAGUUCAGAGAGCGCGCACGUGUCGCGAGAAAUGAAUCAACAGUGGUGAAGCACAAAGUUGCAAAAACCAAGAUUGAGAUGUUGCGCAGCUCGGGAGAAGAGUCAACAAUUCGGGAAAGAUUGGCUGACGUGGAGAAGAACGUUGCGGAGAGGCGUGUCGCCAUCGACGCGUGCGAAAGAGAAAUCGCACGUAACGUCGAGGCAAUCGAAAAUAACACUUCAAAGAUGGACGCACUUAACAAGACACUCGAAAAGUUGCGGGAUGUCUCGCCCGAGCACGUUGGCCCGCUCGAGGCACAAAUUGCGCAUUUACGAAACGAGAUUAAGUCGAACGAACAAAACUGUCGGCGGCUUCGUGAGAUUUGGCUCAGAGCACAAAAAGUCAUUGUAUCCCAUGAGGAACGAUGUCGAGAUGCGAUCGAACAGUUCGACCGGCAUGUGCAAGACAACAACGUACUGACGAAGAAGCGGGAUCGACAUGAGAGAAAUUCGCGUCGUUACGCCGAAGAAUGCGAAUCCAUGAACAAAACAAUCGAGCGUCAACGACGCAAGCUUUGCGCAAUCGAUGAGAAAAUCGCGCAAACAGAAUCCAGUGCGCGCGAAAAUGCGAUUCGAUCGCUCGAAGUCGAGAACGCGCGCGCAGGUGAGAUCGACGCGCUCAGCGGAGAGAAUUUGAAGUUGCGCGUGGAAAUUUCCAAUCGCGAGGAAGCCGUGCGAACUGCGCAUCUGGACGCCGAUCGCAUCAACCGAGCCAUCGCAGAUCUCGAAAGACGAAUUGAGUUUGAACGUCACGCCCAAAUCAUGCUCGAUCCGACGAAAGGAAACAGCGAGGUGGCGAGCGCCAAGCAGGAAAACGCCAAGCUCGCCGUCGUUUUGCACAAACUCGAAUCGACUCGAAGCAACAUCGCGGCGAAGGUAGAGUCUUGCGUCAAGCGUCGAGAGAUAAUCGUCGCAAAAGGCGAUGUGAUUCAAUCCAAAAUCGACGCCGACGGCGAAGAAGCUCGAGAGGCUGAAAUGGUGGCGACUGCGAAGCGCGCUCGGAGCGACGUGCGAAGACGGUUAGCGGAGGCGCAGAAAGCGACGGCGGACCUAAAACCAAAGCUCGACGCACUGGAGAAAGAGUAUCUGGAAACGCAAGACGCGCACGGUAAAAUCGCGGCGAUAAUGUCCGACUUGAGCGAUCGACGUGAUUAUCUUCGCGUCGACGCCACCACGCGUUUAAACGAAAAGUACGAACGCGCGCUCCUCGGCACGAGCAGUUUGCAAAAGAUGGCGCAACGAUUUGAAAAACUUGGUAAAGGCGGAGAAGGCACGGAUGAAAACGUCGAGCGAUCGAAUGACGAGCGUGAACGGUACGCACACUUAAUCUCGCGGUUGGAGUCAAAGCGCGACAAUCUGAGCGCGGCGAUUCGCUAUGAAAUCAACCAGCAUCCGCACCUCACGCAGUCGCUCAGACGUGCGCAGGCGUAUCUUAGCGUGUGUUAG